UCACCACCACCACCAGCACCCCCACCCCCACUACCCCCAAUCCAGGCAGACCCCCCCUGGCCAACACCUGCUCUGCCUCCCUGGACUACCCCUGCGGCGAAGCUCCAUCCCAGGAACCUAGCAGCAGUGAGCCCGACUCACCCCAGCAAUUCCACAAUGGCUACCCGGCCCUGCCCCCAUUGCGCUUGCCUCCUCCGCCAGACGAGCAGUUGGUCAACGCCCAGUAUAUCCCUGCCCAACCAUUCCGGGCCACCACCACCAGGGCCUCUGCACACUCCCACAAGGGGCCCAAACCCAGCCGGGGCACCUAUUAUCCAGAGAGAGGCUCCCAACAGCAGCUGGCCCCACAGCAGCUGCAGCAGACCAAGUCUAGAACCGCUGCCAAGAAGUGUCGCUUCAGUGAAGAGAGGGAGAGGGAAAGGGAGAAGGAGAGAGAGAAAGAAAGAGACAGGGAGAGAGAGAGGGACAGGGAGCGAGAGAUGGAGCGGCCGGGAGGCUCCAAGAAGCCAGGAAGACGGGCCUGCAGGUCCCAGUCAGAGAACAGUCUCAAUGGGCAGAGGGGGGUCCCUGAACGCAAGUAUAACACGGUGGAGAGAGACGGGGGAGGGUCAGGGAGCAGCCGCGGGAGCCAGUCCAAGGGGAAGAGGCCCCAGCCGGGCAGCGCCGGCUACCGCCGCUGGCGCUCCACCCUGGAUCUCAGCCAGGAUGAAGCUGAGCAGCCUCCACAGCCAACCCCAAUGCCCCUAGCCGACCAUGGCUCCAGGCGCAUCCGCAAACCCAGGCCCCCACCUUACACCUAUGUCAACCCCCUGCCCCAUCAUCAUCCCCACCACCCCCAUCUGGAGUACCUGGACCGGGAUCGUACGUACCUGUGUCGGCCCGAGGAGGGCUACACGCACCCGGGGCAGGGUGAGUCUGAGUCGAGUCUGAGUGAAGCCGACACGCCAGCUUCCAGCUCGCUGUCCAGCGAUUCAGACGAGAGCGGCGGUCUGGUGUGGCCCCAGCAGCUGCCCCCUCAGCUCUCCUCCCCCACGUUGCCCUCUGCCCCAGCUGGGGCCCCCCUGCAGCCCAAAGCCUUCGUCAAGAUCAAGGCCUCACAUGCGCUUAAAAAGAAGAUCCUGCGCUUCCGCACGGGCUCCCUCAAAAUCAUGACCACCGUUUAGAGCGCUACUCUGCACCAGUGUGGAGAAUCAGCAGUGGGGAUUAAGACACUUUAGUGACUCUCGCUAUACAUGGUUUCCUUUGAGGAGUAGCACUGUCGUUUUUGGAGAACAGCGGAUAUAUAAGACAGCAAACACAACUCAAUGCACUGCCUAACUGUACAUGCAUACAUAGAUUCUUUAGCUUUCAGUGCAGCCUACACAGGCCUCAGAUCUGCCAACAACUCUCCUGAACACAGAGCUGAGCCUGAGCUCUAAACUCUGAUCUCUGAUCAGUGCAGCUUUUUGCUGUUGCCUGAGCCCAGCCAUUUGAGGUCUGAGAUAAUAUGAUUUGUGGCUUGAUUUGGUGCUUGUGGUCAUUUGAGUGACUGAAGUGGACACAAAACUGGGAUCCAGAGAUUAAGCACCCCCAUCCCCCCCCUUCUAAAAAGACCUUGCACCCUUUCCAAAAAAAGCUUUCCCUCCCGACUAACAGAGAGUACUGUGAACAUGAUAUGAGCCCUGUGAUGUGACCUGUGUCUCAGCAUCAACGUGUCUGUAGCCUAGGUUGCAUUCCAAGCUGACUACAUGGCAGACAUUGCAUUGCAUCAACCAAUGGAUACAUGCCAUGUCAUCAACUGCGUAACGCAGUCAGGCAUCAGAUUGCUAAAUCAUAACAUAUGGUUAGCUGAUAUGUUACACACCUACAGUAUCCAGGUGUUGUGAGAUCAGGCACAUGUCUGCAAUGUAGCCUGGAAAGUGGCCCUCCUCUGCACAUGCUCACCUGUGUGGUGUGGCGGACACACUCCUGUAUUUAUGAAUGUAGUCUGUAAAUAAAAUGAGCUGGGACCAUGGAACCUUUAGGGUCCACAGCGGUCUUGUCUCUCGACCAUC